AAGAUCGUUACCGUAAUAAUGAAGUAAAGAAAAAAGAAUGAAUGAUGAAAUUUUUUUAUUUUUCGUGUCAAUAUUUUUGUAACUCUAUUUCAACUGUAUUGGUAUAGACUCAAAUGACUUUGGUUAAAAUAGACUUUAAAAGAAUUUUUUUGUGUUUCAUUUUGGUUCUUUGGGUCGGAACCAUCGUUAUGGCUGAAUUUUUUCAUUUAAAUUAAUCAUUAAUCAAUCGUACACGAUGAUCUCUACCGGUGGCACCCUUUUGGUGGCCACAUUUUCCCUAUUAUUAAUCGGUUUUAUUGAUUUAUUCAUUAAUGAACCGAAUCGUUGCGAAAUGACCUAUAUGUACCAGAUUCCAGAAUAUGUGGAAAUCGACAUGGAACGUAAUGUUCGGAAAAUGUUCUCAAACUAUCAUCUAUAUGUCUAUGGUGAAGGUCAAUAUGCUGAAACACUACGACUGAAUGAAUUCAAUGGUCAACCCAUCAUAUUCGUACCGGGUAAUGCCGGCAGUCAUAAACAAGUUCGAUCACUAGCAUCUGUCGCAUUGCUAAUGUCAGCCAAAAAAGCAUCGCAUUUAAAUUAUUUUACCAUCGAUUAUAAUGAAGAACUAUCGGCAUUUAUUGGUGAUAAGCUUGAACGUCAAACCAGAUUUCUUUAUCAUUCGAUUCGUCGCGUUCUAGAACUGUAUAAACAUGUUGCAAAUAUUCGAAUCAUUUUGAUUGGACAUUCGAUUGGUGGCCUUCUUAUUCGAUCUUUGUUGACCAAGGAUCCAUUUCGCCAAUUCUUACCUCGAAUAUCGAUGGUGUUAACAUUAUCCACGCCAAAUCGACAUCCAGCCAUCGGUUACAAUUAUCAAACGAUUCGAUUCUAUGAGCGAAUUCAUCACUACUAUCAAAGCCAUCGAAAUACAAAACUUUCUGAUUUAAAUUUUGUUUCAAUCGGUGGUUCAUAUCAGGAUAUGAUUGUUCGACCUGAUCUGAUCCGAUUAAAUUCAUCAAAUCCAAAUGAUUUGUCCAUAUUGACAACAGCCAUACCCGACGUAUGGGUAUCAGCUGAUCAUCUGUGUAUCGUUUGGUGUCGACAAUUGAUGAUCAAAUUGAAUCGAAUGUUUUUCGAUCUUAUUGACCAUGAUACAUUGGUAUUUAUAGAAUCAACUGAUCUUCGUCAAAGGAUCAUUGAUUAUCAUCUUUUAGAUAGACAUUACACAAAAGAAUAUCCACCCAAUUUGCCCUCAACAAACGUGUCAACUUUAUUCAUGAUGAAAUCAGCAAAGAUCGAAUGGAUUGAACUCAAAGAUCGGCUGGUCCGUUUAUCUUUUGUCAAAAUCAUUCGACCAAUCAAUUAUCUAAUCAGUCUAAAAGAACGUGAAAUGACUGCGAUUUAUCUGGAAGGAAAUCUUACACCGGACACCAUUAUGAUCGGUAAUUGUGAACCAAAAUCAGAACCAAACGUCACGAAAACGGCAUUCGAAUGUAAUGGCAACAUCUAUACGCUUUCAUUGAUGACACGAUUAGCGCCGAGAUUGAAUUCCAAAUGGGAUCGUCAUGUUGGUCAAUUUGAUGCCGAUGAAUGGUUGGCUCAAGGUUUCACACAUUUGAUCAUCAAUCUAAGUCCAUCACAAUCAUCACGAUAUGCAUUGAUCAUUGAUCGAUUCACAAAACCGAUACGUCAACGAACGAUUGAAAUGCCCAAUCCAUUGUAUAAAUUGAUCGCAUCGAGUCCAUUCGAUUCGAAAUUAGUGUUUGCCAAACUAAUUUCACAAGAACAAUUGUACUAUGAAUUGACUAUUGAAAAUUUCAACAAUGUAUGGGAUUCAUAUUGGAUGGUCGUGCAGACCACUUCUUGUUAUCAGAAUGAUUCUACAUUCAAUGGAUUUAUGCAUCUAACUUAUCCCUCGAAUCCUGAACUUGAUGAAUUUAUAUGGCCAUUACAGCCACAUAAAAAUUCGCAAUAUCAAUUUUCCUUUUCAAGACAUACAAACAAUGUUCAGCUGAUUGGAAAUAGUCGGCCCAAAAUCUACUUAUUUCUUGAACCAAAUUGUGGUUUUGAUUUUCUUGUCAAAUUCUCAUUCACCGGUUCGAUUGCUCAACUACUUCGUCAUUAUUUUGCAUUAAUCGUUCCAAUGGCCAUUUCGGUCAUGAUCUUAGUAUUGUCCAUCCAAUUCUCAAACCUUUGCAAUAGAUAUACAUUUUCAAAUGCCGAUUUAGAACGAUACAAGACAUUUGUAAAACGAGAUGAAUUUGCUGGAAAAUGUUAUCAAUUCCAAACGGCAUCCGAAUUGAUGGUUCAAAGACAUUAUUUUGCAUUUUGUUUCAUACAAAUUGUACCUGCUUCUAUGUUGGCCUUGUUCAUAAUCAAACAAAUGUAUCCGACGCAUGAUCUAGUCAAUUUGGCCAAUGUUUCGAUUGAAUAUCGCACAAUUAUUUGUAUCAUUUUAUUUCUAUUUGCAUAUUCGAUAAUUUACAUGUCGACCAUUUUAGUCACUCAUUUGGCCAAUAAUUUUUCCAAUGGUCUCAUAUUCUUUAGGAUUCGAUUUUUUCAGAAUUUUUCCCUUCUUCCAGGCCGCUUUGGUCAUUUCAUACGAUUGGAAAAACUAACACCAAUAAUCGAUAUCGGCGCUGUAUUGAUGUUUAUCAAUACGGCCACCUAUUUCUUGCCUUUGACAUAUUGUUUGAUACAUUUCUUUUUCACCAUUUCAAUGUUAUAUUGGUUUUAUCAGGCUAAAAGUCUGGAAUUACGAAUUGGCAAGACGACAUCGACAUCAUUAGUAUUUGCGAUAUAUCCAAUGUUGUUUCUAUUGCUAUUAGCCAUCACUUUAUUGCAUUUACCAUAUUGUAUUGAUUGGAUAUUUGGACAUGCUACGAUAGCCGUCAAUGAUAAGGCCAAUAUAUUGAAUAUUGCAAUCAAAAAUAUUUCUACCGUUUAUCUGGAAGAUUGUCUUUUGCUUCUAUUCUUGACUAUACUUAUGGCCAUGUUUCAUUCGAAUCCAUUGGAUCUGCAGACGCGUCUCCGUUCUUAUCAUUCAAAUCGAACACAAGAAAUUUUCAACAUUUUAUUGUUGAUAAUGGCAUUCAUCAAUAUGAUCAUUGGCGGUCUAAUAUGGGAAUCAAUACGUAUGGUGAUUACGAUGGUCAUCACAUUGAUUACAAUUGGCCAUUUUCGUAAUCACUUGUGGAACAAAAUCAAUAGUAACACCAUCAAUCAUGAUAAUCAUGCAGAUGAUGAUCAGCAACAAAAAAAUGUCAAUAUCAACCACGAAAAAUUAUUCAAAUCGGAAUAAUAGAAAAAUUGAUCAAGAAAUGUGGGAAAAGCAAAAUUCCAAUUGAAAGCCAGUGGUAGAUGUGUUCUUGUGUGUGUGUGUGUGUGAGUGUGCUUGUAAUGAUGAAUUGUUGUGGGCGUUUUUAUUUUGGAUUUGUAUUUUGUUGGUGUGCACAUUUGUUUCAUUAAUCGUGUUUGAUUUGAAUAAAAAUUGAUGAUGAUGUUUUGAAUAAUUA